CAAUUUGGAUAUGUCAAAAUUUUGAGAUGCACAAGGUUCUAAGAAAACUGUUGCAUAUUAUUUUUUCCAUCGUGUUAAAUUACAUGUUAAACACUGUUAUACAUUCGACUUUAUCGAGUAUUCAGCCUAAAUUACGCAACUGAAGAAAAUAUUUUUAUUUAUGUUCCGCGUUCAAAAUUGCGCCAUGGAAGGAUUUCAGUACGACAGAGAAAUUGAAUAUAUGACCGAAAUUAUAAAGAAUAUUCUUUAUUUUGCGGUAUUGGAAGAAGAGAGCCCCAAAACCCUAAAGCACACCCGUCACGUUCAUUAUUUCAAUAUUGACGAGGAGUUAAUUUAUCUGAAUUAUUACUUUGACUUCGGGCCGUUAGACAUAUCCUGUUUGUACAAGUAUUGUUGUAAGUUGAACAGUUGUCUACAGUAUGUGCAUGGUUCUAAACGCGUGGUACAUUAUACAACAUCAAAUCCAAUGAGAAGAGUAAAUGCCGCUUGCUUAAUGGGUUGUUAUAUGAUAAUUUACUUGCAAUGGAAUCCAAAAGAUGUGUAUAGGACUCUCUUAAGCACCGGUGGACCUUUCAAGCAGUUUAUGGAUGCAUCACAAGGCUUUUCCCAUUACACCAUCAAUAUUUUGGAUUGUCUUAACGCAGUUCGCAAAGCUCUCUCCUUUAACUUUUUUGAUUUCAAAGAUUUUAACCACACUGAAUACGAUCUUUAUAACAAGUUACAAAAUGGAGAUAUGAACUGGUUAAUUCCUCGAAAGUUUUUGGCAUUUAUUGGUCCAACCGAUAACAUAAGCAUAAAUAGCCUUCCUCCCGAUUACUAUCUCAAGUACUUUUUAGAAAACGAUGUUAAGACCGUCGUCCGCCUGAAUAACCAACUGUACGAUUCUUCAGUUUUUACAAAUGCGGGCAUAGAGCACCACGAGCUUUUUUUUCCUGACGGUACAAUUCCAACAAAGCAGAUUCUGCUACGUUUCUUGGAACUGUCGGAAAAUGCGCGAGCGGCAAUUGCGGUGCAUUGCAAGGCUGGACUAGGGAGAACCGGUUCACUAAUUGGCGCCUACAUCAUUAAGCACUAUCGCAUGACAGCUCACGAGGCCAUUGCUUGGUUACGUAUAUGCAGACCUGGUUCUGUAAUCGGACAACAACAAGGCUGGCUUGAAAAAAUCGAACCUUGGUUGUGGCACCAAGGAAGAGAUUAUAGAAUUCGACAUUUUGGAAAUGAACAAAAGAUCCCCCAUCAUAACUACGGAAUAUACAGUAAAGUAUGGCCGGUUGAACGAGCAAAGUUGGAUCGUCAUAUUCGAAAGAGGAUUGUGGAGACCAGAACUAAUUUAUCCAAACCGAACCGAGCCAACUCUCCCAAAUCCAAUGCACGACCGAGAACAUCUUCCGUUAACCGUGUCCAGCAAAAUGCUGAAAACCAUGGCCAGUCAAAUCGUGGUUUCUCAAACACGUCCACAGAUGGCAAAUUUUUAAACCCUUCACUUCAACCCAAACAACUACCGAGAUUAAAAGAUAGAUUAAUUCGAGAUUUAACUCGCAAUAGUAAAUUUGUCGAUAUCUCUCAGAGGAGUGAUAAAACCUCCGACGCGAAAAGUGUUUUGGCAAAGCAGAGAAAGCGUAUCCAAAGUGUAAGUAGGGAACGCACUGUGGAUAAGAAAAAUUUGCCAAGAAUGGAGAAGAGUUUCGUGCAGAAUUUGGAACAGACUCAGGGCGAUAGGUUAAAUGACAUAAAGGCGAAACGGUUUGUAAGUGAAAAUAAACAAGUGAAAUCCGUCCCUGGCACUUUGAAAAAGCCUCAAACGAACUUCAACUGGAUGCAUAGCAGACCCCAAUACACUCCAUAAACGUACAAUUGCUUCAAUGAAUAAAUUAUAGUCCAAA